AUGCUAGGAACUCUCCCUUCAAGCUACCUCAGAUGGGUCUCCAAGAACCUCCGAGCCCGUGACUUUGAAGACUGGGCAAAGCUCGCAGACCAAGUGCUCGACGACGCCGUUUACAAGGACCGGAUCGAGUGGGAGUUGGCUGAGAACGUUUUGAAUGGUAACAGGAGCAGUGCUCUUGGUGCAGGUGGAGUUUCUGAGUUGUUGGAAAUGAGUGAGAGGUUUGGUUGGGAUAAUAAUGACAAGAUUGGUUGGAGCAAAGUGAAUUUUGAGCUUCUGGGUACUUCUAGAGGUGGAAGAAUUCCAAGACUGAGUGAAAAUGGAGGAGGAGAGAGAGAGGUGGAGAGGAUGAGAGAGAGGGAGAAGAAGAAGAAGAAGGUUGAGGUUUUGGGGGAAGGUGGAGAGAGAAGGAGGGAGAGGAGGGGGAGGUUGAGAAUGAAGAGGGAAGAAGGUGGGGUGAGGGAGGAGAGGGAGGAGAAGGAGGAGAAGUUGGGGAUUUUGGAAAAGGGUGGGGGUGAUAUUGGAAAUGGAGUUGGAUUAGGGAGGAACAAAGAGAAUGGUGAAGAUUGGAUGGUUGAGAAUUCAAACAGAUUUCCUGGACGUGAAGCUCUGUUGAAGAAGGCAUACAGCAGAAGAAUGAGAAGAUUUUCGUAA